AUGGGCCUUGGUUUCUACGGUCGAACUUUCACAAUGAAGGACCCUGGAUGUAUGCACGCCGGAUGCGAAUUCAGUGAGGUCGCAAAAGGCGGCGACCGCACCGGAACACCGGGUGUGCUAUCUGCAGCAACGAUCAACAAGAUCAUUGAGAACGGUGUGACUGUGUUGCAUGAUCUUGAAGCUGCAGCAAAGAUCGUCACAUGGGAUGGUAAUCAAUGGGCGAGUUUCGACGACGCCGAGACGCUCAAAAUCAAGCUGGACUACGCCAAUCAGCGAUGCUUGGGAGGGACUAUGGUGUGGGCAAUUGAUCUUGACGAUGGCUCAUUGUUGGCAGCGUUGAGCUCGGUGAGCACCAAGAAGGAAGAAGAAGUACUACCAAGUUUGAACUUCGACACCCCUGGUUUUGGUACAAAUUGGGAUUUCAUUCCUGAGAGUGAGAAGGUGAAGAGAGACGAGCUAUAG